AUACUAAUGAAUGUACAUCAUCUGUCAAUGUUUGUGGUGCUGAUCAAGCUUGUAGGAACUACCCUGGAACUUACGAAUGUUUCUGUACAAGCCCUGGAAAAUUUCUGAUCAGUGGCACGUGUCAAGGUAAGAAAUGAAUAGCCGUUAUUCUCUUAGUCAAGGACUGUGAUGGUUGGAUAUAUUAAACAAUUAUUGAAUGAGGUUGAGCAUGAUAUCGAGAAUUAUCAAGGACGAGGUUUGUGUUAUCCAUGCGAAAACCGAAUCCAAUAAUUGUUUUAUUAAAUAUUAAAAAACAAGAAGCAAAAAACAACACCAGUGGAAUAAAUAAACAUUUAAUGCAAAAAUAAUGGAACAAUUUUAAAAUAAUUAAACGACAGUAAUUAAAAAGAUGUUCCUUGAAAUGUCUAUUCAGCCAAAACCUAAGAGCAAGGUUUUUCCCAACAGUCGGGACAGUUCUUGCUAUUUGUUUGAAAACAGAAACUCCGGUUUUAUUAAAUAAGUUUUAAAUUACCAUGAAUAUGUUUGACACAGUAAAAUAAUAAAGGAAUCCUACCUUUCAAGUCAAAUACAACAUUUUGUGCUUCUUUCGUUUUCUGGGGACGAUUUUUUCGGCAGUUUUGUCGGUUUUGAAACCAAAUUUGCCGAAUCAUUCUUUCCGAAAAGCAUUAUUUACUAGUCUGCUAGUAAAUAAUGCGUCAUUAGAUUUACUAGUCAACUAGCCAAUCAGAACGCGCGAAAGCUCAUUUGAUAUGCAAAAUUUGUACUAAUGGCUAUUAACACCGCGGAAAAACGUCUGUGCAUGCGUCAACAUUACUAAAAUCUGUAUUGCGAACGUGAUGUCAAGUGUUCCGAAUGUUGUCAAAAACUCAAAAUGGAAGCGACUUCGAUGUUUUGCUUUUUCUAUGAAAAUGCAAGAGAAUAAUGAAGGUGACAACCUAAAAACUAGAAAUAAUUAUAGCCUACAUGUGCAAGAAGUAGCAUUAUGCAAGAAAAUAAUCCAAAGCCAAAGGUGACUGUCGAUAAAUUUAUUGUAUAGAAAGAUAUUUUUCGUAGGUUCAUAUGAUCUACGUUUUUGUCAACUUUUUUUGCGUAGCAUGUAUAAUUUUUGCGUUGACUAUAUUUAAGAGUAAUGAUUUACUCUACAAUUUAAUCGUGUGCAAAUGUUCGACAAUUUUUCAAGAAAUGUUUACACGCCUCCCGGUCUUAAACGGUAAUUUUAAUUUAAAUUCUGUUUCUUUUUAAAUUUAAAUGUUGGGAAAUUUUUUAUUAAUGUCUAAACUAACCGUCUAGUGUAUUUUUUGUUUGUUUCAAUUACCUUAAAUAAUUAAAAGCCAUGUUUUUGUUUACAAUUUGGCAUUUAAAUUCCUCGCCAUCUUUUUUGUGCCCCACACAUGCGCAGACGUUUUUCCGCGGUGUUAUGGCUAUUUCUUAAAAGAAUUGUAAUUGUGCGCAGUGGAUUAAUUCCUAGAGGCCCUGCCUUGGUGAAGCCAUGCCUUUUAGAAAACAAACUGGUCAGAGCGCUGCACCAGAAUCGCAGGACCGCAGGUUGGAUUCCUGCCAGAAGGUGUAUAGCUGCAUUUUUCGCAACUGCUCCUGGUUAGGUCUAAUAGCGUAAAGCCCUGGGCAAACUAGGAAACAUUGUUGCGGAAACAUUGUUGCGGAAACAUUGUUGCGGAAACAUUGUUGCGGAAACAUUGUUUCCUACCAAUGUUUGAAAUUCCCUAUGUUUCCAAGAGUGGGAAACAUAGGGAAUUUCAAACAUCAAAUGUUUCUGAAUUUGGUAGGAAAUAUUUUUGCUUCCCGGGAAGCAAAUUUUGUUUCCACAACAAUGUUUCCACGGGUGAGCAAACAGGGAAAAAUUUGAAGAAACAUCGAGAAUCACAAAUGUUUCCGCAACAAUGUUUUCUAGUUUGCCCAGGACUUAAAUGUGUAAAAAUUGCACUCGAAAUUCCAUCUACAAAUCCACCUCUAGUUCUAUCGAGUGAGAUGCCCCAAAUCCUGAUAUUUACCCCAAAUCUUCAAAGCAUACCGCGAUAGUUACUAUUGGACAUGUACGAACUGUUUCUUGAUUUAUAACCAAUAUUUGUUUAGAUGUGUCAUCUGUCACCUUAAACAUCACAAUUUUGAAUAGUAUAUACGAGGCAGCUUUGGGAAGCAAUACUUCAGCACAAUUCUACAGUUUUAAAACACGCCUUGAAGACCGG